AUGUCAGAUCCUCCGGGUACGGGAGCCGCUCAUGCGGCCCAGCAGCAGCAAAACACCGAUCAGUUAUUGCUCCAGAUCCUGAACCAACAACAACAGCUUAUGGCAAAACUCACAUCGCAGAUGUCAGCCACCCAGUUAACCAUACAGGGCCUGUCAAGAGAUGAAAUCACGUUAGAUUCUCUUGCCAGCAACAUCGUCGAGUUUGUCUACGAUCCAGAUCAAGGAUGCACGUUCGACACUUGGUAUUCAAGGUAUGCAGAUCUGUUUGACAAGGAUGCGGGACGCUUGGAUAAUGCUGCGAAAGUCCGGCUGCUAAUGAGGAAAUUAAACCCAGCAGCACAUGAGCGCUUCACCAGCUUCAUUCUCCCGAAGAAAUCAAAAGAUUUCACCUUCGAACAAAUCAUCGAGAAGCUUAAAACCAUUUUUGGAUCGCCAGUGUCUAUCUUUCAUCGUCGAUAUCAAUGUCUUCAAAUUACUAAAGACGACGCAGAAGAUUUCGUGUCAUAUUCUUGCAAGGUAAAUCGAGCAUGUGUGGAUUUCAAGAUCAGUGAUCUUUCGGAAGAGCAGUUCAAAUCACUCAUUUUCGUGUGCGGAUUAAAAUCGUCAAAAGAUUCCGAUAUUCGUAUGCGGCUCAUUACUAAAUUGAACGACACUUCUGAAAUUUCGCUGGAGAAGGUAGUUGAAGAGUGCAAGAACCUGGUGAAUCUGAAAAAGGAUAACAGUCUCGUGGAAAAUCCGCGAACGCAAGCGGUCGUACAUGCAGUUAAGCAAAGUAGAUACAAAUCGAAGUCAAACCACAAGCACCUUCGAUCGGCCGCAGGUUCCAGUAUCGAUCGACCAAGAACUCCUUGCUGGUCGUGUGGAGGCAUGCAUUUCUCAAAGGACUGCCAGUACCGCGAGCAUCAGUGCCGUGACUGCAAAAAGAAAGGGCACAAGGAAGGUUAUUGUGCCUGUUUUUCGAAAAAGUGUUCUUCAAAUAAAAAGAUAUUUACUGCGAGCAAAGACGUCAAGGGGGUAUCAGUCAAGAACGUCAGCCAAAGGAGGAAGUUUGCUGAGAUCCAAAUCAACAAGGUUCCAGUCCAGUUGCAAAUAGAUUCAGCGUCAGAUAUUACAAUUAUAUCUGACCAGCUUUGGAAACACAUUGGGCAGCCUCCAGGAGUCAGGCCAACAUGCAGUGCUAGAACAGCGUCAGGACAACCACUUGAUCUAGCGCUGGAAUUCUGGUGCGACGCGCAAAUCGGCGGCAUUUCUAAAAAAGGUCUGUGUCGUGUUGUAUCAUCUAAUCUUGAUUUGAACAUUUUAGGCGCAGAUUGGAUAGAAUUGUUCGGACUGUGGGACGUUCCUUUUAGUUCAAUUUGUCACAAAGUCACCGGUUCACAAAAGCACAAUGUUGAAGUGUUACAGGCACAGUUCCCAACCGUUUUCAGCAGUAAAAUGGGACUGUGUACUAAGACGAAAGUUCAGCUCACUUUGAAAGGAGAUCCUAAGCCUAUAUUUCGCCCCAAACGACCCGUGGCGUACAGCAUGCAAAGCGCUGUGGAAAAUGAAAUUCAGCGGCUUCAGGAUCUUGGUAUUCUUGUUCCAGUUGACCAUUCAGACUGGGCAGCACCAAUUGUGGUAGUACGGAAGCCAAACGGAGCCGUGCGUAUUUGUGCUGAUUUCUCUACAGGACUAAACAGUAAUUUAGAGUCCAACCAGUACCCGCUACCAUUGCCUGAGGACAUAUUUGCGAAAAUGGCGGGAUGUAAACUGUUUAGUCACAUCGACUUGUCAGAUGCUUACCUUCAAGUAGAGAUUGAUACACGCGACCAGUACCUUCUCACCAUCAACACACAUAAGGGAUUGUUUCGUUACACCCGUCUAACUCCGGGCAUCAAGUCAGCUCCGGGAGUGUUUCAGCAGUUGGUGGACACAAUGGUCAGCGAUCUCAACGGAACAUGUGGUUAUCUAGACGACAUUUUAGUCGGUGGCCGUACACAAGAAGAGCAUGACCACAAUUUACAUCAAACUCUGCGUCGACUCGGAGAGUAUGGUUUCACAGUGAGGAUUGAAAAAUGCAGUUUUCAAAUGUCACAAAUCAAGUACCUCGGACAGAUACUUGAUGGCGAUGGAAUAAAGCCAGAUCCAGACAAAUCAGCAGCCGUAGCAAGCAUGCCACCGCCACAUGAUGUUCCAUCGUUGCGUUCGUAUCUGGGUGCUGUCAAUUACUAUGCAAAGUACAUUCCGGAAAUGCGCAACCUUCGGUUCCCGAUGGAUGAACUACUCAGAACGGGUUCAAAGUGGAUCUGGUCGGAAGCAUGUCAGCGUUCAUUUGACAGAUUUCGUAAAAUUCUGCAGUCGCCGCUCGCGUUGACACACUACAAUCCAAAACUCGACAUUGUGGUGUCAGCGGAUGCAUCCCAGCAAGGAAUCGGUGCACGCAUAGCUCAUAAAUUUCCGGAUGGAACAAUUAAAGCAAUUUCAUAUGCUUCACGCAGUCUCACUCCAGCUGAAACCAACUAUAGUCAGAUAGAAAAGGAGGGACUCGCUCUCAUCUUCGCCGUAACGCGUUUUCAUCGCAUGAUAUUUGGUCGAAGUUUCAUACUCGAAACGGAUCACAAACCGUUGUUAUCGAUUUUCGGAAGCAAAAAAGGUAUUCCUGUGUACACUGCAAACAGACUGCAGCGGUGGGCACUGACGUUACUAUUAUAUAACUUCACCAUUCAGUACGUCAGAACAGAAAGCUUUGGGUACGCAGACGUUCUUUCGCGGCUGAUCAACAAUCACAUUCGGCCUAAUGAAGAGUAUGUCAUCGCAUCGAUCGAGUUGGAAGAAUCAGUCAAGCACAGUUUUGAACAAUCUUUAGAAGUGUUACCAGUCACAUUCAAGAUGAUCCAAGAUGAAACGCAAGCAGACUCACUUCUUAAGAGAGUUAUUAGUUACGUGCAAUCCAGAUGGCCUACUAAUAGAUCCGAUCUCAGCGAUCCACAGUUGCAUCAGUUUCAACAGCGUCGAGAUAGUCUUUCAGUAUUUUCAAGCUGUUUGAUGUACGGAGAACGGAUAGUCAUCCCAACCAAAUUUAGGAAUCGAGUACUUCAUCAAUUGCAUAAAGGACAUCCAGGUGUGGAACGAAUGAGAUCGUUAGCGCGUAAUUACGUGUACUGGCCUGGUAUCGAUGAACAGAUAGCUCAGGUUGUUCGCUCCUGCAAUAAGUGUGCUGAAGCAGCGAAAACUAACAGCAAGACCAAGCUAGAAAGUUGGCCUCUUCCACAGCAACCAUGGCAGCGAGUGCAUUGCGAUUUCGCCGGACCAGUAGAUGGAAUCUACUACCUGAUUGUUGUGGACGCGUACAGCAGAUGGCCGGAAGUUAUUCCUACUAAACGAAUCACCACGGCCGCAACGUUAACCAUGUUUAGAGAAAUUUUUUCGAGGCAUGGCAUGCCGGAAACGUUAAUUACAGACAAUGGCACGCAGUUUACCAGUGAGAACUUCGAAAGCUAUUGUACCAACAACGGCAUUCUUCAUUUGAAAACACCACCGUAUCAUCCACAAUCAAACGGACUGGCUGAACGUUUUGUGGACACAUUCAAACGGACACUCAGAAAAAUUAUGACGGGGGGAGAGAGCCUUCGGGAAGCAAUUGAUACCUUCCUUCUGUGUUAUCGCUCCACACCAUGCCGUAGUGCACCGGAAGGUAAGACACCAGCAGAAUUGUUGCUGGGCAGACGAUUGCGAACAUCCUUGGACCUGUUGAAGCCUCCUACAGCGUAUUACAAAUCAGCAGACUCCAAGCAAGAAGAACAGUUCAACCGGAAGCAUGGUACCAAAAGUCGGAAAUAUUUGAUUGGUGAAUCGGUUUGGGCCAAAGUUCAUCGCAACAAUACUUGGACUUGGGAGCCCGGACAGGUGCUAGAACGAGUUGGUCGGGUAAUCUACAACGUGUGGUUAUCAUCAGAGCAGAACCUUAUCAGGUCUCACUGCAACCAACUACGAAGGCGCUAUGGAGCUGAAACUUCAGUCAAGCAGCAGUCAACCGAUAUUCCCCUGAAUAUUCUUUUAGAUACCUGGAGACUUCGUCCAGCACCACUUGAGCAGGCGUCUCAAGAGUCUCAAGAGAUUAUUCUGGAAACUCAAACAACGGAAACAAAGAACUCAAUUCCCCAGAAUACCGAGUCUAGGGAGAUUGUUCAACGUUCUCAUACACGCACAACGAGAGCAAACAGUCAACAAGAAGCGGUAAUCUCACGCCACUCUUCGCGGACUAGAAGAGUACCCGUGAGGUAUGAUCCUUAUCAUCUCUAUUAA